AUGCCAAAAGUUGUAAAAAGUUCGGCUCGAGAAAUGAUAUUGAAGGUGAAAGAAUUCUGUGAAGCUGAACAAAAGAAUCAAGGUGUGUCAGAGAAAACUAUAACAAGAAUUACAAAAGAAGGUAUAACAGCGGCGAGGACUUCGAAAAAAAUUGUCACCCCGGGGAAGAGUCGCCCGCAUCCGAAAAAGUUCGACUUAGACGGGUUCGAUUUGUGCGCUAUCCGGCAAAAAAUUCACAGUUUUUACGUUGUGCAUAAAGAAUUACCAACUUUGGCUAAAUUACGAGCAGCUCUUAGAGAAGACAUCAAUUUUCAGGGAAGCAUCACAACAUUGCACAGGAUAUUAAAUAGGAUUGGUUUCAAGUACAAGCGAUGUCAAUCCAGACGCAAACUACUUAUGGAACGUCACGACAUUACCGCAUGGCGUGCAAGAUAUUUGGAGGCAUUUGAGUCUAUUACGGCGGCUCAGUGCACGCAUGUCGAACAUUUAGAGGAGGAAUAUUUAAAAAAUGACGGCCUUAUGGAUGAAGAAAUGGACCGAAUAAUUAUAUCUACGGCUAGUGAUACUGAAACAGAAUCUGAUUCAGUUUCCAUCCACUCUUCAGACAGUGAUGUUCCUAUGGCCGCUGAUCACAAUUAUUCAAUAAAACUCUGA